ACAAAAAUAAUUAAAGAAUAAGAGGUAGACUAAUUCCGUAGUCGUUUGAGUAUACCUUUCGGCAUAAACAUUUCAGAAAUUAAAUUAAAUAUCUUCUAUGCGUCGUUAGGAUUCGUAUGAAUAAGAAAAUUACGAGAUAAAUUCGUCGUCAAACAACUACUUGGCGUGUGGCUGGAGAGGGCGAUUUAGUGCGCUUGUUUUCUCGUUCCUAGCUUGCUAUCUUUGCUGUUUCUCCCGUUAAACAUCUCACUGUCACUGCGUGUGUUGCUCAGUCCAAAUGUAAAUUGUGCUUCGUUUUGACGUUGCGAAGCACAUAAACGGACUUCUGUUGGUAUUUCUGAAAACUGCCCAGGCCGAAGGGGAAUUUUAUCUUGUCGUUUUCCUGUUGGAAAGGAUGUUACAUAAUAAUGUGGCGGUAAGCUGUUGAUUCUGGCUAAAAAUACCAGUCCGGCUUUUUAAACAAAACAAAAAAAAACCUUCGUGUAGCACGACUUUCCAGGGUUUGGGAGAGACUUAGGUUUACUUCACAAUGGCAUUCAGCAGGACCUGGAUUAGCAUAGGAUAUGCUACGUUUGGGACUCUAGUUGGACUUUCGGCGUUCUUGGUCUGGAAUAUUGCAUAUAAACAGCCAUGGACGGCGGCCAUGGGAGGCCUGUCUGGAGUUUUAGCGCUCUGGGCACUCGUCACACACAUCAUGUACCUCCAAGACUACUGGCGCACCUGGCUCAAGGGUCUCAAGUUCUUCAUCGGCGUGGGCGUGCUCUUCUCAGUUCUGGCUGUGGCUGCGUUCGUCACGUUUCUGACGCUGGCUAUCACACAGAAGCAAUCUGUCACUGACCCAAGGAGCCUCUACCUGUCCUGCGUCUGGAGCUUCCUCACCCUAAAAUGGUCGUUUCUCCUGGCCCUGUACUCUCACAGAUACCGCCAGGAGUUUGCAGACAUCAGCAUUCUCAGCGAUUUCUAGUGUACAUUUUUAUUUUUUAUAGAUGGCAAUGGACUCUGAGGGAUUUUAGGCCGCCUGCAGGGGCUGGUCAGCGAGCUCUGUGACAAAGAGGAAGAAAAGCAGACGUGGUUAGAUUCCAAAGUAAUCUGACUUGUACGACAUGUGGCGGCACUACCUAAACAGGCUCCCUCUUUGUACUGCAACCUGUUCUCCCACUCUAUCAGUCCUGCAGGAAGUCCAAAUUCUGGCUUUAAUCUUUGGAUAUCUCCACCAUAAUAAUCUUUGACUCUUGCGUUUCGUAGUUUGAAAUGAAAGUAAUACAAAAAUGUCUCUGAACCAUCGUAACAAACGCAACACUACCAGGUAAUAGUUUGUGGAAAGUGUUUGGAUGAUUGUUUGGAUACAGCUGAACUUUUAAAAAGCUGCAUACACUAACCACAAAGUACUCCUGUCUGUAAAGCAUCCAUACCUAUCAUCAUCCAGAGAUGUCGCACUACCUUUGAAAUUCCAUGAGUUUUGAUUCCAAACACUUAACGAAGCACUUUUCCCCCCCCUCAUACACUUUUUAAUCCAUAAACGCUAAAACAAGUUAGCUUUAGCUUCUGUAGAUGUCACGUGUUGGGACUUGACUAGCAGAUCCAGCUGUUUCAGUUCCAUAACAAUGCUGUCCAUUGUAGCAUGUGAACAUUUCAAAGACAGUAAUAUAAAGCGGAGAACUGUGACUCGCCUUUACUUCACUAGGAAUGAGGGUGUGUGUGUUGUGAGCUCUGUAGAUAAGUGGCAGAUGAUUCUUCACCUUUGCUGAACCUUGCAGAGAGGCUGCUGUUAAUUUCCCUUUUAGGCCGUGUUCUCUUUUCUUGAUCGAAUGAUGCAAACGUCUUUUCGUUGUAUAAAUAAUGUUUUAGUUUUGUUUUUAUCCCCCACACAGUGUCCAGCUGGCUUGUUGCUACAGAUAGAAGCAGCUAGGCCACACGUUUGUUUUCAGCUGCCUGUUUCCUUUGUACUCGGGGUGCCAUUAGAUACCAAAUAAUGCUGCACUGACUUGGAACCUUAGUAUGGAUUCUCUCUAUGUCCCCUCGAACCAUUAUCAAGUUUUAGAAAAAGAAGGCACUAUGAAUUAAAGCUUUGUUUUUAGGAAAAUGUCAGUUUAAUGAGACGGGAUUAUUCAUGCUCUCUGGAAAUGAUGAAGGGUGGAAUAUGCAUCCAUUACUUUGGAAAGAAAAGAAUGUGUUAUUCAUUUCUAGUUCCACCAGAGGGAGACCUAACCUCUUUCAAAAGUUUAUUUUCCCCUGACAUUCCUCUUAGAGAAAAGAUAAUGGGUUUGAUUGAAAAAUGCACUUUAGUCUAUGACAUUGACCCCCCCCCCCCAUUUUGCACACUGUUUGUGACCUAGACUCCUGUUUUACGCUCUCCUUUUUAUCUGACUCGAUUCAUUCUGAAGCCAGUUGAAUUUUGCAGUUAAACUGGGCUUUUGCCACUAGAUUUUAUUCCACUUGUGGUUUUAGGUUUGCCUUUUACCCUAAAUGUGUAUAAAUGUAUUGUCUUUGUUGCUGAGGGUGGAUCCUAAAUGUAAAUAGAAACUGAACCUAUUAAAGAUGCAUUUAU